GUUUAUCUCCGUCCGCCUUCUCUCCCACCUAAGUGUGUGCCGCCACUCGAUAGAAGAUUCGAUGGACAUGGACAUGAGCCCCCUGAGGCCCCAGAACUAUCUUUUCGGUUGUGAACUAAAGGCUGACAAAGAUGAUCACUUUAAGGUGGAUAAUGAUGAAAAUGAACACCAGUUAUCUUUAAGAACAGUCAGUUUAGGGGCUGGUGCAAAGGAUGAAUUGCACAUCGUUGAAGCAGAGGCAAUGAAUUACGAAGGCAGUCCAAUUAAAGUAACACUGGCGACUUUGAAAAUGUCUGCACAGCCAACGGUUUCCCGUGGGGGCUUUGAAAUAACACCACCAGUGGUCUUAAGGUUGAAGUGUGGUUCAGGGCCAGUGCAUAUUAGUGGACAGCACUUAGUAGCUGUGGAGGAAGACGCAGAGUCAGAAGAUGAAGAGGAGGAGGAUGUGAAACUCUUCAGUAUAUCUGGAAAGUGGUCUGCCCCUGGAGGUGGUAGCAGGGUUCCACAGAAAAAGUAAAACUUGCUGUUGAUG